AUGGAGGAGGAGGAGGAGGAGGAAGCAUGGUUGAUGGACUCCCUGAGGCUAUACAACGACCUCCAUCUCUUUGAACUUCCCGGGCCCACCAGAGUCAUCGAAUGGACAGGAGACCAACGCAUUUGUGUCGCUGGAUACGAGCACGGGAGCAGGAACGAAAUUUUGCAGCUCCUUCUGCCUCCGAGGCUGCUUGCAAAACAAAAUAAGGGCUUAUGUUCGGAGAGAGAUUUCAAGGUUGAAAGGGGUGGAAUCUGUGAUCGCCCCAUCUUCAGGCUCAAACAUGUCCCGGGAACCAGCUUGCUGGUAUCCAGUGGCCCACCAGACAGUGCUCUGCAGGUUUGGCGUGUGGAAUCAGAUGAAACAGAUAUGAUUAAGCUACUGAGUGUCAUCUCUCCCACAAAGACAGAAGAUACUUCCUGGUCCAAAAUUGCAACCAGCUGUGUCAAACCAGCCUGCAUCCUCUACGGGCAAAGAAUCGGCAAUCUCCAAAUGAUGGAAAUUGAAUCGGGGCAGAAUCUUUGGGUGGCAGCCUCUGCCAGCCCUGACAAAAUCGCCAGUCUGGACUUCCUGGAUGAAGUCACUGCUGUGGUGUGUGGUGCCAAAGGGCAGCUGUUCCUUGUGGACUUCCGGCAGCACCAGGGCAUUCUGGGAGCUCUCAAAGAGGCUCAGACCCCUUGGGCCCAGACAGAGAGGCUGAGCUGGUGUGCAGGAAUCAGCUCUGGAGAGACACCACUGAUUGCCCGUCUCUCCUCGGGUGGCCUCGUUGUGUUGACGGACAUCAGACACCCCUCCAGCCCCCUGAAAGUGGCCCAGUGCUGCAUUCCCACCCCUAACCUCCGUGGGGCAGAUUUCCUGUCCAUCAGCUUCGCACCUGUACUGGGCAACACCUUAGCGGUAUCAGGUUUCGACGCGACCGUUCAGGUCUACAAUACAAAGGACUGGGAUUUCUCAGGGCAGGAAGCCAAACCGGUAUUCAUCCACAAAGGACACAUCUUUGGCACCCCAGGCAAGGAUGGAGGCAGUCCGAUGGUCACCACCCACACUUGGCACCCUUGGAAGCCCCAGACAUUACUCUCGGCUGCAAGCGAUGGAUCACUGCACGUGUGGGACUGGUCUGACCCUCGAGCAAGUGAGCCAGUCUGA